AUGCUACGAAAGCAACAGAAGCGCGCCGCUCAAGGAAAACAAACAGCCUUUCGCGUAAAUGGACAAAACGUUGACCCAAAACGCAUUGCCCGUUUCGUUCGUCGUUAUGGAACAUCAUGGGAUACCAAUCGAGGCAAAGAACCAGAAACAGAGCCUCAAAGCCCUGAGCCUCAAACACCAUCCGACAUGACCUGCUACACACCGGAACCAACAGACGAACACAGCGUCACAACCCCCAUCUCACCACUCCCAGACAUGCAAUCACCAACCCGAGAAAUGCCACCCUACCCACUCGGCUCAUACGGUAAAUCCACGGCCGUUCCGGUGAGUGUGCCUAUAAAUGAUAUUGAUGGAAGAUAUUUCCUAGACCCCAACCACCUCGAAAACCUCCCCGAUCUGGAACUGGACGAAACACCCGCUAUGUCCAUGUCUAUGCAUUCCCAGCGCCAUAUCCAGUCCUAUCAUCAGUCAAUAGGAAAUCAUCUCUCCCAUCCACACCAUCCGCACCCGGUACACAGUCAUGCCCAUGUGCCGGUGCCAGUGCAGAGUGUACAGGGUGUACACAGUUCCCAUGCGCCUUCUCACACCCAUGCUCACCCUGGACCCGCGCCGAGGGAUCUGGAGGAUGCACCGGGUGAAGAAGAUACUCAUCCGCCGGAUUGGAAUACCGUGGAGUCGUUCCAGACUAGAUUGCAGGAUUUGGAUUAUACGCUUACGCAGUCGAUGUCGAAGUGGGCUAGAGAUCAGGAUCCUAAUCAGGAGAUUCCUCAUCAUGAGGGAUUGGGGAUGUGA